AUGCAGGAGAAGUUCCUGGAAAUGUUGUGGUCCUUCAGGCGUGGAAUUUCUGGAGGGAUUUUCCAACAAAGAGCCUUGACAAAGCCAACACUUAUCAACUCACUGCUUGGACAUGCCGUAUUUCUGAACUUACAUGUAAAAGUUGGAGACAAAGCUGAACUUAGCAAGGCUUUUACACAGAAUGAUGUAGUUACUUUUUCUUAUUUAACAGGUGACACAAAUCCUUUGCAUUUAAAUGAAGAGUUUGCAAAGAAGUCUAGGUUUGGGAGAACCGUUGUCCAUGGAGUUCUGAUCAAUGGACUUAUUUCUGCAGUUCUGGGUACCAAAAUGCCUGGACAAGGAUGUAUAUUUCUUUCCCAGGAGAUUCGUUUUCCAGCUCCUUUGUAUGUUGGUGAAGAAGUCACAGCUGCAGCAGAAGUGAAACGACUGAAGGGUUCUGUUGCACACAUUUCUGUAUCAUGUCAGGUCAGAGAAAGUGGGAAAACUGUUAUGGAAGGGAUGGUGAAAGUCAUGGUGCCAGAGAGUUAGAGCUGUUCAUCAUGUGCAACUGCAGCAUAAAGGCCAGAACCAAUGUACACUUGGUUUUGAAUCUCUUUUUAUGUGACAUCACUUAAACCAGUAAAUUUGUAACAGAAGCCUUUCAAAAUGUCUGAAAGUGCACAAACUUGCCCUUACUAGAACUCAUUAAAAUUAGAGCUUUUCCUUUUUUCA